GCGGUGAUUGUCAAACGUAGGGAAGCCGGAGUGUACGUCAGCGUUCUCAUAGAUUGCCAUUGUAUAAGUGUGUAUGUGAAUUGUUUUGGCUACGGUUACGGUUACGGUACGCUACUAGCACACCCCCGCAAACCGGUUCGCUGGUGGUGGUUCAAUCAUAAGCGCGCUUUGUCUGUGCGUUCGCAUCCAUUUGAAAUUUAAUAAUAAAAUGCAAAAGCAAUAAAUAAUAAUACAACAAAAUUGUUCAAAAGCAGAGCAAAAGCAUCAGCGUUUAGGCUGUUUGUUGUUUGUGUGCGAAGUGUAGCAGUUUUUUGUGCAGAGUCGCCACCCCAGUGGAUUAGUGGCACCCUGAUACAAUUUGCUCACACUCAUUGUGAUUGUGUCUGUGUGUUUGUGCAUUAACAUUAACUAAAUCAACCGAUAAACUCGCGUCUCAAAUCAAAAUCGAAUAAACGCUGAGUCACCGGGUCUACUCGUUUUCGUCGUCUCCAUCGCCGUCGUCGCGUUUGCCGUGUUAACUACACCGUAUAAAGGGUGUCUUUGAGCCCAUUUUGCAUAAAAUCGAUACAGUCAGCGGCCACCCUCAAAGCGGAGUGUAAAAUGGCCUAUAUGAUGCCAAACGAACGCCUCAAAUGGCUAACAUUGUGCGCAGCUGUUGUUGUGCUUGCUUCUGUCGGCAACACUUUGGCAGCCAAUCCGGCAGAUUCUGAUCAAAAGGGACCCGUCUUCCUAAAGGAACCCACCAAUCGCAUUGACUUCUCGAACUCAACUGGCGCCGAAAUUGAAUGCAAAUCGAGUGGAAACCCCAUGCCUGAAAUUAUCUGGAUCCGCAGCGAUGGCACCGCCGUGGGAGAUGUUCCCGGACUUCGUCAGAUCUCGUCGGAUGGCAAAUUGGUCUUCCCACCAUUCCGUGCCGAGGACUAUCGUCAGGAGGUGCAUGCCCAGGUCUACGCUUGUCUGGCCCGCAAUCAAUUUGGAUCCAUUAUCUCACGCGAUGUUCAUGUGCGAGCGGUUGUGCAACAGUUCUACGAGUCGGAGGUUAAUAAUGAGUAUGUCAUCAGGGGCAAUUCGGCGGUGCUGAAGUGCUCGAUACCAUCGUUUGUGGCGGACUUUGUGCAGGUUGUGUCCUGGCAGGAUGAGGAGGGACAACUCUAUGGCACACUCGAAGACCAGCAGGGCACGGACGGCAAAUAUCUGGUUCUGCCCUCCGGAGAAUUGCAUAUUCGUGAAGUUGGACCCGAGGAUGGAUACAAGAGCUAUCAGUGCCGCACCAAGCAUCGUUUGACCGGAGAGACACGUCUAAGCGCGACCAAGGGACGAUUGGUUAUCACAGAACCCGUUGGUAGCGUCAGUCCACAGUUCAGUGGCAAUGGCAACCAGGAGCACAUCACACUCACCCGUGUUCCGCUCAAUCAAAGCGUAACUUUAAUGUGUCCAGCUCAAGCCUAUCCAGUGCCAUUCUUUAGAUGGUACAAAUUCAUUGAGGGCACCACCCGUAAACAAGCUGUGGUAUUGAACGAUCGCGUUAAACAGGUUUCGGGCACACUCAUCAUCAAGGAUGCUGUCGUCGAGGAUUCUGGCAAAUAUUUGUGCGUGGUCAACAAUUCAGUAGGUGGCGAAAGUGUGGAAACUGUGCUGACUGUGACUGCUCCUCUCUCGGCCAAGAUUGAUCCCCCCACACAGACCAUUGACUUUGGACGCCCAGCUGUAUUCACCUGCCAAUAUACCGGUAAUCCCAUCAAGACCGUCAGCUGGAUGAAGGACGGCAAGGCGAUGGGACACAGUGAGCCAGUGCUACGCAUUGAAUCGGUAAAGAAGGAGGACAAGGGCAUGUAUCAAUGUUUUGUACGCAACGAUCAGGAAUCGGCGGAAGCAAGUGCUGAACUGAAGCUGGGCGGACGCUUCGAUCCUCCUGUCAUUCGUCAGGCAUUCCAAGAGGAGACCAUGGAACCUGGACCAAGUGUGUUCCUGAAGUGCGUUGCUGGCGGCAAUCCUACACCUGAAAUUUCCUGGGAACUUGAUGGCAAGAAAAUCGCUAACAAUGAUCGCUUCCAAGUCGGACAAUAUGUGACUGUCAACGGUGAUGUUGUGUCGUAUUUGAACAUUACUUCGGUGCAUGCCAAUGAUGGUGGUCUCUACAAAUGCAUUGCCAAGAGCAAAGUCGGCGUGGCUGAGCACUCUGCUAAACUGAAUGUCUACGGUCUGCCCUACAUUCGUCAGAUGGAAAAGAAGGCAAUUGUUGCUGGAGAAACGUUGAUGGUCACUUGCCCCGUUGCUGGUUAUCCAAUUGAUUCUAUUGUCUGGGAGCGUGAUAAUCGUGCUCUGCCCAUCAAUCGCAAACAGAAGGUCUUCCCCAAUGGCACUUUGAUCAUCGAGAACGUGGAACGCAAUUCGGAUCAGGCUACUUACACCUGUGUGGCCAAGAAUCAGGAAGGUUAUUCGGCACGCGGUUCACUGGAAGUGCAAGUCAUGGUGCCGCCACAGAUAGUGCCCUUUGACUUUGGUGAGGAGACUAUCAACAUGAAUGAAAUGGUCUCCGCCACCUGCACCAUCAACAAGGGCGACACGCCCCUCGAGGUCUACUGGACCACGGCGCCGGAGCCGAAAUUGGGCGGGGCGCGUCUCAUGUCCAACGAUGGCAUACUAAUCACCAAGACCACGCAGCGCAUCAGCAUGCUGAGCAUUGAGUCCGUCCACGCUCGCCACAUGGCCAACUACACUUGCGUGGCCCGCAAUGCUGCGGGCAUUGUCUACCACACAGCGGAGCUGCGUGUUAAUGUGCCACCAAGAUGGAUCCUCGAACCCACCGACAAGGCUUUCGCUCAAGGCUCCGAUGCCAAGGUUGAAUGCAAAGCUGAUGGAUUCCCCAAGCCACAAGUGACCUGGAAGAAAGCAGUUGGUGACACUCCCGGAGAGUACAAGGAUCUGAAGAAGAGUGACAACAUUCGCGUCGAGGAGGGAACUCUGCACAUUGACAACAUUCAAAAGACCAACGAAGGCUACUAUCUGUGUGAGGCUAUCAAUGGCAUUGGCUCUGGACUCUCGGCUGUGAUCAUGGUCAGCGUACAAGCCCCUCCAGAAUUCACUGAGAAACUGCGCAAUCAGACCGCUCGUCGUGGUGAACCCGCUGUGCUGCAGUGCGAGGCGAAGGGCGAGAAACCCAUUGGCAUCUUGUGGAACAUGAACAACAUGCGUCUGGACCCCAAGAACGACAAUCGUUACACAAUUCGCGAGGAAAUUCUCUCAGCCGGAGUCAUGUCCAGUCUUUCUAUUAAACGUACCGAACGCUCUGACUCUGCUCUGUUCACCUGUGUGGCCACCAAUGCCUUUGGCUCCGACGAUGCCAGCAUUAACAUGAUUGUCCAAGAAGUACCCGAGAUGCCAUACGCCCUGAAGGUGCUCGACAAAUCCGGACGCUCGGUGCAACUGAGCUGGGCUCAACCCUACGAUGGAAACUCUCCCCUCAAUCGCUACAUCAUUGAGUUCAAGCGCUCCCGUGCCUCCUGGGAUGAGAUCGAUCGCGUUAUGGUACCCGGACACACCACUGAAGCCCAAGUACAGAAACUGAGCCCCGCUACUACCUACAACAUUCGCAUUGUCGCCGAGAAUGAAAUUGGUUCGUCGCAAUCAUCAGAAGCUGUCACAAUUAUCACUGCUGAAGAGGCGCCUUCUGGUAAGCCACAGAACAUCAAAGUCGAUCCCGUGAAUCAGACCACACUGCGCGUCACCUGGAAGCCACCAGCACGCUCCGAUUGGAACGGAGAAAUCCUGGGCUACUAUGUGGGCUACAAGCUAUCGAACACCAACUCGUCGUACAUCUUUGAAACAAUCAACUUUAUCACCGAAGAGGGCAAAGAACACAAUCUGGAACUGAACAAUCUGCGCGUCUACACACAAUACUCGGUGGUCAUUCAGGCCUUCAACAAAAUCGGUGCCGGUCCAUUGAGCGAUGAGGAGAAACAGUUCACAGCCGAAGGCACACCCAGCCAGCCACCUAGCGACACUGCCUGCACCACACUGACCUCACAAACUAUUCGCGUUAGCUGGGUUAGUCCACCACUUGAGUCCGCCAACGGUGUGAUCAAGACCUACAAGGUUGUCUAUGCUCCCAGCGAUGAGUGGUAUGAUGAGACCAAACGCCACUACAAGAAGACUGCCUCCUCCGACACUGUGCUCCAUGGCCUGAAGAAAUACACUAACUACACCAUGCAAGUUCUAGCCACCACUGCUGGCGGCGAUGGCGUUCGCAGCGUGCCAAUUCACUGCCAGACCGAACCCGAUGUUCCUGAAGCACCCACCGAUGUUAAGGCUCUGGUUAUGGGUAAUGCGGCCAUUCUGGUCUCUUGGCGUCCACCAGCACAGCCCAACGGCAUCAUCACUCAGUACACUGUCUACUCCAAGGCCGAAGGCGCUGAGACUGAAACGAAAACCCAAAAAGUGCCACACUAUCAAAUGAGCUUCGAAGCCACCGAACUUGAGAAGAACAAACCCUAUGAAUUCUGGGUCACUGCCAGCACCACCAUCGGAGAGGGUCAGCAAUCGAAGAGCAUUGUAGCCAUGCCUAGCGACCAGGUGCCCGCCAAGAUUGCCUCCUUCGACGACACUUUCACUGCCACCUUUAAGGAAGAUGCCAAGAUGCCUUGCUUAGCCGUUGGAGCUCCUCAGCCAGAGAUUACCUGGAAGAUCAAGGGCGUCGAAUUCAGUGCCAAUGAUCGCAUGCGUCUGCUGCCCGAUGGAUCCCUUUUGAUUAAGUCUGUCAAUCGUCAGGAUGCUGGCGACUAUUCUUGCCAUGCCGAGAACUCUAUUGCUAAGGACUCGAUUACCCACAAACUCAUUGUGCUGGCUCCUCCUCAAUCUCCUCAUGUCACACUCUCAGCCACUACCACCGAUGCUCUGACUGUCCGCUUGAAGCCCCAUGAGGGAGACACUGCACCACUCCACGGUUAUACUCUGCACUACAAGCCAGAAUUCGGAGAAUGGGAAACUGCUGAGGUGUCCGUUGACUCACAGAAGCACAACAUUGAGAAUUUGCUAUGCGGCUCCCGUUACCAGGUUUAUGCCACAGGAUUCAACAACAUUGGCGCUGGUGAAGCCUCCGACAUUUUGAACACACGCACCAAGGGCCAGAAACCCAAACUGCCAGAGAAGCCACGUUUCAUUGAGGUCUCAUCGAAUUCGGUCUCGUUGCACUUCAAGGCCUGGAAAGAUGGCGGCUGCCCCAUGUCUCACUUCGUUGUCGAGAGCAAGAAACGCGAUCAACUGGAAUGGAAUCAAAUCUCGAACAAUGUGAAGCCCGAUAAUAACUACGUAGUCCUCGAUCUGGAACCCGCCACCUGGUACAAUCUGCGCAUCACUGCCCACAAUUCCGCUGGAUUCACAGUUGCUGAAUAUGACUUUGCCACACUCACCGUGACCGGAGGCACUAUCGCACCCCUCGACGAUGGCAUGGGCCAUGGCAAUGUCCAUGCUCGUAUUCCCAUGCCCGCCUGGAUGCCCGAGUGGCUGGAUCUGAACUUUAUGGUGCCAUUGAUUGCCACCGUUGUCGUGGUCGCGGUUGGUAUCUGUGUUGUGUGCGUGGCUCUCUCCCGAAGACGUUCCGACGAUAUGCGAGGCGGCCAGAAGGAUGUCUAUUACGAUGUAGUUUACAAUCAGACAAUGGGACCUGGUGCCACCUUGGACAAACGUCGCCCCGAUCUCCGUGACGAGCUUGGCUACAUUGCACCCCCCAACAGGAAGCUGCCCCCCGUGCCCGGAUCUAACUACAACACCUGCGAUCGGAUUAAGCGAGGCCGCGGUGGUUUGCGCUCAAACCACUCCACCUGGGAUCCGCGCCGCAAUCCAAAUCUGUACGAGGAACUCAAGGCACCUCCAGUUCCCAUGCACGGCAAUGCCAAUAUCUACGGUCAUGGUGGUCAUGCCCAUGGCAAUGUCGAGUGCCACUACAGACAUCCAGGCAUGGAAGAUGAAAUCUGCCCCUAUGCUACGUUCCAUCUGCUCGGCUUCCGUGAGGAAAUGGAUCCCACCAAGGCCAUGAAUUUCCAGACCUUCCCCCAUCAGAACGGACACACUCCCGUACCCGGACACGCUGGAACCAUGCUGCCCCCUGGACACCCUGGACAUGUGCACUCUCGCUCUGGCUCACAGUCGAUGCCACGUGCCAAUCGCUAUCAGCGCAAGAACAGCCAGGGCGGACAGUCUUCGAUCUAUACCCCAGCACCCGAGUACGAUGAUCCCGCUAACUGUGCCGAGGAGGAUCAAUACCGUCGCUACACCCGCGUCAACUCUCAGGGCGGCAGCCUUUACUCUGGACCUGGACCCGAAUACGAUGAUCCCGCUAACUGUGCUCCUGAGGAAGAUCAGUAUGGCUCUCAAUACGGUGGACCCUAUGGACAACCCUACGAUCAUUAUGGCUCCCGUGGCUCUAUGGGACGUCGUAGCAUUGGCUCUGCACGCAAUCCAGGCAAUGGUUCACCUGAGCCUCCACCACCACCACCACGCAACCACGACAUGAGCAACUCCUCAUUCAACGACUCUAAGGAGAGCAACGAGAUCUCAGAGGCCGAAUGCGAUCGCGAUCACGGACCACGCGGCAACUAUGGCGAAGACUCCAAUGAGGCUGUGAAAAGAUCACCCCAACCGAAAGAUCAACGCACCACCGAAGAGAUGCGUAAAUUGAUUGAGAGAAACGAAGCCGGCCCAAAACAACUCCAACUCCAACAAACAAAUGGCGCAGGAUUCACAGCCUACGAUACUAUGGCAGUGUAAUUUGUAAGCAGCAACUUACGAAAGUGGGCGUGGCAGUUUAGCUUAGUGUUUUUUGGAGUCAAUGAAGUGCGUGGGAGUUGAAUGAACACAUGAGCACACAUACACUAAACACACACACACACUCACGCGUAUACCGACAGACAGACAGACACAAAAAGGGCAGAGUCAGUCAUCAGAUUUUGAAAGUAUAUAAAAUAUCGAAAAGAAAACAUCACAGAAGUAAGCAACGCAUUUAAGCGCAAAUAUAUAUACACACAAUUAUUAAACUAUUUCAAGUAUUUACAAGAGUAAUUACACACACAAACAAACACACACACGCAUUUGUGUGUGGCAUUUGAAAGAACAAAACUUGAACGUGGAACAUUAUAAUUGCUAAUUAAUAUUUGAUAUUUGAUAAUUGAUAAUUGCAUAAUUGAAAGUCAUUUUUAAUAUUGCAUUUUAGUUCGUAAGCCAAGCAGAACAACCAAAAUAUAUCAAGCGAAUAAAUAAGGUAAUCUCUCGUCUAGUAUUCGUAAGAAAAUACAUCCGAAGAAUUCGCUUUCGAUUUGCCCAGACACAUAUUUGUUUUUUGCCAUCUAUGCCAAAAGCAUGAAACUCUUUGCCUAGCCUAAGUCAAAGUCAUAAUCUUAAUUGAUAGUUAAACGUAUUUUGUUUUAUUUUGUAUGGUCUGCAAAUCCUAUAACUUAUAUACUACUUAUUUGUAUCGACAGAACGAAGGCGAAAGUUGUAUUUGAAACUUAUUUCGCUUCUUGUUGACUUGCGUUGACUUGUGAUCAUAAUUUUUAGCAUUGUGUGUGUCGAUUAUUUAUAAUUUAUACUUAUUUUUUAAUUUUAUACUGCGCUUCCAAAAAAACGAAAACCGCUAAAAUGAACUUGUUCAAUGCACAAAUAGCAAAUAAUAAACGUUUAGUCUCACACUCACACUGUCUAAAUUGUAUUAUACAAAUGUUCCCCAAUAAAAAAAGAAAAGCGCGCACUUUAUGAUUUGUCAUAGAGAUUUACAUUUGUAUUCAGUUAUACGCAUUUCAAGCUUUAAGAAACUCUGAAAUUGAUAAUGUGCACACCUCAAUUUCUACAUUAUACGUAUUUAUUUAAGUUUUUAUUAUUAUUAUUUUAGUUCUGCAAAUAUAUUUACGAUUUUCUUGAAACAAUUUUUGUUUGCUCUUUUAUUUUCGUAUUUUUAUUGAUUUUUACAGCAAUCGCAUAAAUUGUGAGGCUACUUUCAAAACUCAAAGACUGAACUAUGCAAAUUUUAAAAACGAAUGACAAUGCUUAACAACAAAUAUGUAAUUAAAAAGGAGUUUUACAGUACACAACAUUUGCUCAACAAGUAGAAAUAGCAAAAGCAUUUGAGGUAGCCCGCAAUUUAAAGAGAAGUCAACAAUAGAUAAAUCUUAUUUAAUUCUCAAAAUAAUAAUUUAAUUUAUUAAAACUAUUAGUUAUUACGCCUAGAUUGUUCCGAUUAUGUUUCUGUUUCACCUAACACUUUACAUAUUCUACACUAUAAUCCUACCUAGUUAUAUCGAUUUUAUAUAUGAAUGUAGUGUUGUGACAAAAAUAUUGCUUAUACUCGUACAUAUAUAUUAUGGGAAACUUAUAUAAAUGUACUACAAAUUUUAAUGGUAAACGAAUACAAAUAUUUAAUAGCGUUUAGUCAAAUGGCAUUUAAAUAAUAUACAAUAUACAAAAAACAAAAAAAAAAAAAACGAAAAAAAAACUCUUAAAAAAAUUGAGAAAAAGUCACAAAUUUUCAAGUAAUAAAAAUAGCGCAAAAAAUGUUGCAUUUCGGUAUAACAAAAUUAAAAAUUAACAAUUUUUCGGAAAAUCAAAAUCAAAAACAAAAAACAAAUAUUUAAUCGAAAAUAAAGAUUUAAAAAAACGAAACUUUUGACAUUUUCAAACAAAAUCCAAAGAGGUUUGCAAAAAAAAAGAAAGAAAAGAGAAAUAAUUAAAUUAAGCUAAGUAUUAAUAUUCAAAUAUAAUAUACGAGUACAUCAAGCAUUUUUCAUACUUAUCAUGCAUAUUUGAUCGCUUGCUUUUUGUGUUGCUUCAGAAGAACGUAAAGCAAAGGGGAGAAAACAAAUAUUAUGAAAACGAAAACGAAGUCAAAUAAUCAUUAAGUCUAACAUAAACUAACCUAUUUUGUAAUUAUUUAGCAUUCAACAUGCAUACACAUACUCUACAUACAUACAUAAUAUUAAUAAUUUUCUACUUAACUUUACUUAAAACGCAUAAAUCAAAAUUUAAUUCCCAUUGCAUUAAAAACAUAAGAAAGAAAAAAAAAACAAAGAAAACUAUCAAAUUAAAAAGGUAUAGAAAGUCGCCCAAAUACGAUGACAGCAUUCAACUUCAACGCACAUCAGAUCCAACACUUCUUUGGAAACGAUAACUAAGCAUAUGAAGAAUGAGAAAUUAAAAAAAAAGAUACCAAAAAAGAAUGAAAUUAUUGAAAAUAAGAAAAACAGUUUAAAAUGCAUACUAAUCACUCGCUCCUUCUUAGCCGAAACAAAUAUUACUCAUACUCAUAUUACUCAUACGACACGAUACGAUACGAAAUAUAUAUGAGGCAAGAAGAUAAAUUAAAUACAAAUAUCCAAAACAAGAUUCGUAAAAUUCGUAAUCCUUAAGCGCGGCAUUAUAAACCUAAAUGAAUACUUCAAAUAUGUGUAUUACUAAUUACAAAUUACAAGAAACAUAUAUGUAUUAACUAUAUAUAUUAAUAUUGAAUGUAUUGAAUUGACAAACUACAUUUGCUACAUCACACAAACACACACACACACACACACACAAACAUACCCGAAAACACACAAUCAAAGAUUAUUACCUACACUUGGUAAGUCCAUUUCCCGAGUACCCAAGAUUUAUAUCGUGGAGUACAAUUCCUAAACUAAAGAUUCCUUAAAACACACACAAAACACAAGCAAUUUGUCAGUUUCAGUGUCAUUAAAUACAAGAAAAACAACCACAAAAAACUAAAUAAACGCCAAUCUAUGUUGGAUAAAA